AGAAUGACAAACCUAGAGGGGGAAUAAUUUGAGUGCUUGGAGUAUACCUAUUUGUACAUUGAGUGUGAGCAUCAAAUAAUAAUAAUUAUGUGACUGAGUUCAUCAGCAAAAAUAAUUGGUCCAUUAUUGAGCAUUGAAAACGCCGUCUUAGGUGCAUUGUGUUGAAUUCUUCCACAUAAUCUUUAGUUAAGAAACCAGGAGCGGACCACAGUCCACACUCCACAGCUCUGAGUUGAUCAUGUCAAACUCGAAUGCAAUUCCCACCGUUGAUCUCUCUCCCUUCUUUACAACAGGAGACGACGAGGGCAAGAAAAAGGCUAAAGAUUUGAUACACCAGGCUUGUUCCACCUACGGAUUUUUCCAAGUUGUGAACCAUGGGGUGCCGCUUGAACUGAUGAAUAGAGCAAUGCAAGUUUCCAAGACAUUUUUUGAGUUACCUGACGAGGAGAAGCUCAAGUCUAGCCCUGCGUCAGGGGCACCUCUUCCUGCUGGAUAUAAUAAGCAACAUGAGGACUCGGGUGACAGGAACGAAUACUUGUUGAUGUUCCCCCCUGCAUCCAAUUUCAAUGUGCUCCCUAGUAGUCCACCUGAGUUCAAGAAAGAAGCUGAAGAAUUGUUUAGCAGCUUCGUAAAGACGGGUCAGCUUUUGGAGGCCAUUGUAGCAGAAUGUUUAGGCCUUCCUUCAGAUUUCCUUAAAAAAUUCAGUGAUGACAGAAAUUGCGACUUUAUGGUGGCUUUGCGUUACUUCCUGGCAACUGACGAUGACAGCAAUGGUCUAUCCGAGCACGAAGAUGGCAAUAUAAUCACAUUGGUGCUCCAAGAUGAAGUCGGUGGCCUAGAAGUCCGAAAGAACGGAGAAUGGAUUCCUGUCACUCCCACACAAGGCACACUAGUUGUCAACUUAGGCGACGUUGUUCAGGUUCUGAGCAACGACAAAUACAAGAGUGCGACACACAGAGUGAUCACGACGAAAGGUAAAAACCGCUACUCGUAUGCAUUUUUCUAUAAUUUGGAUGGAGAAAAAUGGGUUGAGCCAUUGCCAGAGUUUACGACAUUGAUCGGAGAGUUGCCCAAGUAUCGAAGAUUCUUGUUCAAGGACUAUCAAGCUCUGAGGAUGAGAAACAAGACUCACCCUCCAUCCAGACCUGAAGAUGUCAUCCAUAUUACACACUACUCAAUUCCAACCUGAUAUCUCUGAAAUUUCAGUUUCAGCAACAAGUCUUCGGGAUAAUUAAGAUUGUGCUAUCUCGGCACACGCAAUUAGCAGCUUGGAUGUUUCAAGUCUCAACAUAUGCAUGAGAGUCAAGUUAUCAAUCUCGUUAAAUAGUGUGGGUGUGAUUUAUAUUCGUCACUUCGUGUAGAGUUUGCUUGUGCACAUUAAUAUUUUUGAUUUUUAAAUCUUUCUUGUUUAA